AUGACACCCAGCUCGACCAAACAGUGGCUCGUUACUUGUAACAACAAGGGCUUCGAUGGCCUCGAGUCUCAGGAGGUGGCGAUUCCUCAAAUUGGCGAGACUGAGGUUCUCGUCAAAUUAAACGCCGCCGCUCUCAAUUACAGAGAUCUGGUCAUUGCAAAGGGCACCUACCCUCACCCUAACAAACUUCCAGUUGUUCCCCUGUCUGACGGAGCUGGCGAUGUUAUUGAGGUCGGCUCCAAGGUAAGGCAGUUCAAGAAAGGUGACAAGGUAGCGACCGUGUUCCUCCAGAGAAGCCUGUACGGGCCCAUGAAUCGAGAUGCGUGGCCCGGUGGUAUCGGAGGUGUUCUUGACGGAACAUUGCGCCAAUACGCAAUCUUCCCAGAGACCGGCCUUGUCAGAUCCCCUCGGAAUCUCACCGAUAUUGAGACUGCUACUCUGCCUUGUGCGGCGUUGACCGCUUGGAACUGCCUGUACGGACUUAAACAGGUCAAGCCGGGCGAAGUCGUCCUCACUCAAGGAACAGACGGUGUGAGCAUGUUCGCGCUCCAGUUCGCCAAGGCGGCGGGUGCAACGGUCAUCGCAACCACGUCUUCAGCAGAGAAAGCCGAGAAGCUCAAGAAGCUCGGUGCGGACCAUGUCAUCAACUACAAGGAGAACCCGAACUGGGGCAAGAUAGCUCGCAGUCUAACUUUGAAUGGCGAGGGCGUUGACCACAUCAUCGAAGUUGGAGGCGCUCAAACCAUUGAGCAGAGCCUGGAAGCCAUCAAGUUCGAGGGCGUUGUGACUAUCAUCGGCUUCCUCGCUGGACAGGACGUGAAAGCCAGUGUAUUUGAGUGCUUCCAAAAGGUCUGCACCACCCGUGGCGCCGUUGUGGGUUCUCGGGCUAUGAUGGAGGAGAUGGUUGCCGCUAUUGAAGCAAACGACAUCCAUCCCGUUGUUGAUGAAACCAUUUUUACUUUUGAACAGGCUAAAGAAGCUUACCAGUACCUUUGGGACGCUAAGCACUUUGGCAAAGUUGCUAUCAAAAUUGAGUAA